GACCCGAGAAACCCGGGCAAGUGGCAGGCGCAGGACGUUGAGAGGGUGACGCCUGGCACCGCCUCCAGCGCUGGGUUCCUGGCCGGGGGGUCCGCCGAGAAGCUGGAGGGCAAGGUGACCCAGUGGUCGGGGACCUUUGGCUUCAUCCAGUUUCUGGACGGUCGGAGGGCUUAC